GCUUUUUGAGAAAGUAACAAUUCAUUAGAAGCACCUCUGCAUUAAUUUUCAAGUAAAGGGUUCUGUUUAAUCUAUUCUUAACAAAAUAUUAAAUAUUUGUAGAUUAUGAAGCUAUAUCUUCUUGGCUAUAUGUGUGUAGAGAGGUGAUGAGAGCAGCCCAAUGUGUACAGUUAAGGUUUUAGAAGUAGUUGAUGAGAGUCUUUGUAGGUGGCUGAAGGUUCGGUUCCUGUAUGCGAUAAUCGGACAAAAACAAAAGGGUAAAGAUCAUGGCUUGACCGGUUGAUGAAAUCUUUGUAGUUGAAAUCGUGGUUCUCGGGAAAUGGUCAGUGAUCAUCUAAUGAUCAAAGCUAAGGCUCCUAAAGGAAUCAGAUCUGAAGCUGAGCGUACGAGAAUGACUCUGGCGUCUGCGAGAAAUAGUACUACUAUUCUCUUCGUCUUUCUUCUGUUUUCCGGUGCCUACAUGUACUCACGUUGCAUCGGUUCGAAUAUACUAGCAAGCGUCAACAGGUUUAGCCCUGGAAGUGUAACCUCCGCCAGCACUCCUCUACCUGUAAAGAAAAAAAUCCACAACCAACAACCAGCCCCAUACUCCCCACUCAAUUGCACAGCAUACAACGAGAUUAAAAAAUGCACAGUAAACAACCCUGAAACACUGACAGACGAAGAAAUUGACAGUUCAUCAUCUACAAAGGAGUGUCCUAAUUAUUUUCGUUGGAUUCACGAAGAUUUGCGACCAUGGAAAGAUACAGGAAUCACUGAGGAGAUGAUAGCAAGGGCAAACCAUUCAUCAAACUUCAGAAUAACAAUCGUAAAUGGGAAAGUUUACAUGCAAAAGAUUAGGCCGGUAUUUCAAACUAGAGAUUUGUUUACAAUUUGGGGUGUUGUGCAACUCAUGAGGAAGUACCCUGGAAAACUGCCUGACUUGGAUUUGAUGUUUGAUGCUGGUGACAAGCCUAAGAACAAAUUUAAAGAUUAUCAAGGACCAAACGCUACUGCUCCGCCACCAGUAUUUGGCUUCUGCGGCCAAGACUCCUUUGUAGCUAUCCCGUUUCCUGAUUGGUCCUUUUGGGGCUGGCCUGAAAUCCGCAUAAGACCGUGGGAUACGUUGUUAGAAGACCUGAAGGAGGGAAAUAGGAAGACCAAAUGGAUUGAUAGGGAACCUUAUGCGUAUUGGAAAGGGAAUCCUAAAGUUGCUCCCACCAGAAAAGAUCUUAUCAAAUGCAAUGUCUCCGAGGAGCAGGACUGGAAUGCUCGUCUGUAUCCAAUGGAUUGGGAUGCGGAGGAUCGGGGAGGGUUUCAUCAAUCCAAUUUAGCAGAUCAAUGCAUUCACAGGUAUAAAAUUUAUAUAGAGGGGGUUGGCUGGUCUGUAAGUGAAAAGUACAUAUUAGCUUGUAAUUCUCUCACGUUAUUGGUAAAGCCUCUCUACUAUGACUUCUUCACAAGAAGUCUAGUGGCGAUGCAGCAUUACUGGCCAAUUAAAGAAAAUGACAAGUGCAGAUCAAUCAAGUUUGCUGUUGACUGGGGCAACACCCACAAGAAAAUUGUACGACAAAUUGGAACAGCAGCCAGUAAUUUCAUCCAGGAGGAUCUAAAGAUGGAUUAUGUUUACGACUAUAUGCUCCAUCUGUUAACCGCAUACGCCAAACUAAUGAAAUACAAGCCUAUUGUACCUCCGGGCGCAGUUGAGAUAUGUUUUGAGAGCAUGGCAUGUCUUGAAAAAGGAAUAAGGAGACAGUUCAUGAUGGAAUCCAUGGUAAAGGCUCCUAGCAAAACUAAGCCAUGCACUUUGCCUCCAGAAUUUGAUCCAGCACAGCUUCAAGCUUUCAAUCAAGAAAAUGAAGAUUCUAUUAAAGAGGUAGAAAGUUGGGAGAACAAGUGUUAUAAAAACCAAACCAAGUAGAUCUGUAUGUUCUUAUACUUACACCCUUCUUACACUAAACACAUUCUUCAGAAAAAUUAGUAAAAAAAUAUACCCAUUUCUAUUGAUGCAUAGUAAGUGAUGAAUUAGUAAUGAAUUGACAUUUGACACAAA